AUGGCAAGCCUCAAGCAAUUUGCCCUCGCCCUGAUGCUCGGCGUUGCCGGGCGGGCUAUGGCCAAUCCUUUGGAGUCUGAAUCAGAGGCUGGCAUUCUCGCCGCCCGCUCCGAGGGUGAAGUCGACACCAACCUCAUGGCCAUGAAGCGCGACGAGCUCCUCAACAGCGUCGUCGACGGGCUUGUCGCUCGCUUCGCCGAAGACGAGGAGGUCCAGCUGGCUGUCCGCGGCAAGAAGAAGAACAAGAAGGGCAAGAAGAGCAAGAAGAACUCCAAGAAGAGCAAGAGCACCAAGAACGAGAUGAAGCACUGCCAGAACGUCCUGAAGAAGCUGGAAGAAGCUAAGAAGGAGAGCAAAACGGCAAAGAGCGAGCUCAAGAGCUUGAAGUCUAAGAACGACAAGUUGAAGUCCAAGGUCAAGAAGGCGAUCAAGAAGAAGGCUGGCAAGAAGAGCAAGUCCAGCAAGGACAAGAAGGAGAAGGAUGAAGACAAGGAUAAGAAGAAGAAGGAGAAGAAGUCAGGGAAGAAGCACGAUAAGAAGAAGUCGGAGAAGAAGAAGGAGAAGAAGGAAAAGAAGGGCAAGAAGGAAAAGAAGGAGAAGAAGGAGAAGAAGGAGAUUGACGAUUAA